AUGGUCUCUUCAUAUAGCACGUCUAUCAUGGCUCUUGUGCAUGCUCGACAGUUAUCAAGCUAUAAGAGCCGCCAGAGCCCCACCUCCGAGGCACUCCUCGUGUCCGUGCAUACAAUGCCUUCGCGUGCUGGCCUUGCGCCCGGCAAGCUGUUGUUUGCUGAAGAUGAGAUGCAGAUUUUAAACAGCAUCUUAUCUUCUUCAAUCUCAACAAGGAAAAUGAGUCAGCCACACAAAUCAGAUGUUUUGAAGCACAUCGAAUCCUGCAUUGCGUUUCAUCUUGCCGGUCAUGGUAUCUCAGACCCUAUACACCCUUCCAAGAGUUGCCUGCUUCCUGAAGAUUGUGUUGGAAACCCUCUGAGGGUUGUUGAUCUUACUUCCCUAAAGCUUUUUAAAAAGGCUCCUUGGCUUCCGUUUCUUUCUGCUUGUUCUACUGGAGAGAGCCAAUCCAACGCCUUGCAAGACGAGUGUAUCCAUCUUGCCAGUGCUUGCCGACUAGCAGGAUUUCCUCAUGUUGUUGGAUCGCUAUAG